CGGAAAGAUGGCGAAACUUUGUAGAUUAGUCAAGCUAAACGACAGUUUCAAUACACAAGUUUUUACUUUUAUGCUACCAAACAAGGUUCUACGAGAAUUUUCGCAGGAUAUUUACGCCAAAGACAUGGUUUAUGGUCACCACAAAUGGACUGUUAGUUUUGUUAAAAGCGAAAAACAUAUUGGUGCGUACAUAAAACUUCAAUCAACAUCGACGGGGAUGGUAAGCAAGCUGGAUUUCUCUUUCACAAUGCUAAACAACGAUCAUUUUACAAAGAACGAGUCUUUCAUGGAGAAAGAAUGUGAAUUUACUUAUGACGAAAACGUAAAAGGCAGAAAAACAUUCGUUCCGCUAGAAGAUAUGGCGAAACGUGGCUUUAUGCAAGGCAACGGGGAAUUCUUAGUUGAACUUGAACUGAGAAAUAUUAUAUCUUCCUUUGAAUGUUACCUCCGAAUUCCAAAAGAAAAUAACUCACGACAUUCUUACGGUCCAAAAAUGGAAACACCUUAUUUUUCAUUUGGUCUCUCUGAUUGGAGUGUUUCGUUAUUCCCAAACGCUUGCACAGUUGAAACUGAAGACAACAUCACAGUGCAGCUAGUGCGACACACAAACUUUGACCAUAUAUGUGAUGUUAAGUAUCAGUUAUCACUUGGAGAUCAAAAUGCUUAUGAAUCUGGUCCAGUUGACCAGUUACUAGACGCAACCGGAAACAGCGAACCAUUUACAGUUGGAGCAUCUCUAAUGAAAUUGUCGCGCGGACGUUCUUCUUUGAAGGUUAGGAUUGAAAUGCAAAACGUUGUGUCCAUUAGUGAAGUUUCUAUAAAUGUUCUUAGUAGAAACCGUAAUCGAGCACACCUUUAUGACAAAGACAAACAAGCAUGGAUGUUAGAAGCUGAUGCCAGUGGCAAAUAUCUGGCUUUCAAGUUGUAUUAUACGGAUAUCAAGCAUGUGCCACGAAAAAACAGUCGGUAUGUAGCUUUCAAUUUGGGAAUAGUCCCAUAUAGCGGGAAUCAGUAUGUCCGGGCUAUCAAUGGACCUUUUGUUAAAUAUUAUGUUCAGGAUGAUCACGAUGACGGAUACUUGAUACAUACAGAUAUUCCGAUAGAAGAGAUAAGCAGUCCAGAUAAUGAUUGGGUGAGCACAGAGGACCAACAUAUUACCGUACACGUGGAAUGGAUUGAUUCACAACUAUUAAUUUACCCAACAUACCAUAGGUUAGAUGACGUGGCAAGAGUUCAUAAACAACAAAUGAUAAGAGAGAUACUCGCUUUACAAUCAGAAAAUUAUGCCUUAGAGAAACAACUCUAUAGUUAUCAACAAUCAAUUGCAAAGACAAAUUCUAAACCACGUUCUCUUAGUGAAGAUAGAGGAAAUUCAUACAGACGACAGUGAACAAAAGACGACAGAAGACUAUAAAAUUACGGACAAUGGAAUGAUGUCUUUGCUUCCAUUUUUAUUUUAUUUUUAUCUAUGUUCAAUUAAAUGAUUAUCUCAAAUUUUACAAUCCAAUAAAAGAACCGGUUGCGGUGAUAGAAAAUUA